GGAACGCCACCGAGAGAAGUCUAGUCCAUUGGAGAUUGGAUAUAGCUGGGGAUAUUGAUAGGUAAUAUGUAGAACUGAGCUGAGCAUCUGCUGUGAUACUUUAGAUAAGACCAGGCAUUCCGUGUAGGCAACAUAUAAUAAGAUCUCCAUACUGAGUCUUCCGUAUCAAUCGACCCUUCAACAAAUUUUGGCAAUUGUCAACACAAUGACUCGACUUCCCCUUCCGAAACCUGCCCCGAUCGAUCCGUCAUAUCAGCCCAAGGCUGCAGUGACAGCCAUCCCCGCAGAUACACCCAUCGAAUACAUCCUCGCCGUCCUCGAGCGAGAUGGCGGGGUUAUCCUGAAAGACCUCGUCUCUCGAGAUGAACUGGCUACCAUCGAAGAAGAACUCAAACCAUUCAACAAACCACGCCGUCAUGUAGACAGAAUCGUCAACGGAGACGCCUUUCCCACCAUACCAGCCCAGACAGUCCUCGUACCAGGUCUAGUGGGCAAGUCCAAGACAGUCGCCAACAUCUGUGAGAGACCAGUACUAGAGGAACUGCGCCAGCGGAUGCUCGUGGAUAAUUUCAACAUAUAUCGCGAGGGCUUUGUAGAGCCGAAUACCAUCGACCCCUUGUUGAGUCUCAGCGUGUCGAUGAGUAUCGGGUAUGGCGCUCCACGGCAGCUACUACACCGCGACGACAACGUCCAUGGGAUCAAGCAUUCACGAAAUCCCUACCAGCCGUGGACAUUGCAGCAGGCUAGCCAGUUUGGAUGUCUUAUCGCCGGGUGCGACGUGACGAGAGAGAACGGGGCAACGAUGUUCGUACCGGGAAGUCAUAAAUGGGGCGAUGACCGGUGGGCGAACGCGGAUGACGUCUGCUUUGCAGAAAUGUCCCCUGGUUCGGCGUUAAUCUUCCUCGGAUCGGCCUACCAUGGCGGCGGCCACAAUUCUGUCCCCGAUUCCGUCCGGACGAUGCAUAGUUUAUUUUUUGUUCGAGGGACGUACCGGACAGAGGAGAAUCAGUUUCUGGCUAUUCCUAGAAGUAAAGUACGGGAGAUGAGUCCGAAGAUGUUGGAGUUGCUGGGCUAUCGCAAGCCUACGACGGCAUUGGGGAUUGUGAAUAAUAUUAGUCCGGAUGAGGAUGUCGAUGGGACUUGGGAAAAGGCGAUGCAGUAGGCUCAGCUUAAUAUUCUG